ACAAGUCGAGACAACAUAACACAAACACCUCCCUGAACUGUGUCCCCUGGAAAGCUUUCCUAAACACCAGCCGCGGUGAGGCUCUUUAUCUUCCCUGGCCUGACACCUGGAGAAGGGCUGACGACAACAAUACCGUGGCUUUAUGUCUUUAUUUGGGGUUGGAGCAGCGGGCAGAAUCUUCACUAGGGGCCAGAGGAAAACGUGUGCCAGACAUACCGUAGCUCAAGGACUUAAUGCAGGUUGUACUCCUCGAUGUUCUGUAAACAUAGACAGCAUGCACUGGUGUCUGUCUCUGGAUGAGCACGUGUGUGUGGAGAGGGAAGAAACGGCCUCUCUCCUGUUCAGAUAUAAUGUCUGUGAAAUUUUUUAACCCGGGCCAAUUUUACACUUCGCAAACCACAUCACUUUUCUUGUUUGACUACAGUAGUACAUUAGUAAGUCUACUAGUGUCUAUUAUACAUCCAGAGCUGAUGAAGAAUUCCUUCCACUAUGUUCAGGUGUCAAAUUGUCACACUGGUUGCUUGAGGACAUCGACUUGCCUUUGAAAAAUCGUCUAGAGCACUGUUUUCUAUGUUGUUUUGUUGCUCUAUGUAUUGCAUGUCGCCGCCUAGUGGUUCCCACUUUUAACGGAGCGCACAACACGACGACGGACACGACUUCAGAGCCAGUCGUUUGCCACCGCCUCAACUCUUUGGUUUAAACCUGCUUCUGCUGUCACCGACCUUUCAAUCUAUCUACCGAUCUGAAUGCUGUAAGUUUCUGUCGUUACUUCUACACCCACCCACUCCCCAUUUGUAAUCUUGUGUGAUCUCAAGGCAUGGAUGUCACGGUGCGCCUUGGCAUAAUACAAUAUUGUAAUCCAAAUUGAGCACAGUCUGCGAGGGUUUAGCCCUGGUUUACACAAUCCGCUAAUUUGACAUUCAAGUUGUUGUAGGGGAAAGUGUAGCCUAGUGCAAGCUGCUUGUCGCGAAAGUGGAAACCGACCUGAUCGCAAACAGAUAUGUUUUGACCGGUGAGGGACCGACUCCGGAAUGAAGACGGCAGUACAGACUGGGAGACCGCGGCCGUUCCAGCGGUUCUGCUGCUGUGGAGUUGGGCUUCUCGCGGUCAUUUGGCUCUCACAGUUCGCGCACGUGAUAGAGCCGGAGUCAUCCGGGUCUCAUUCUGGAGAGGAUGGCGUUCCAGUCCGUUCCAGACGCAGGCUGAUGCAGGAAGAGUGGACAGAAGAUAACCAGACCCUGGACCUUUCUAGACCAGCCAUCCAUGAGUUUCCAGAAGAUAUAUUUACCAAGGAGGAGCUGAAAAGAGGAGCAGUGCUGUUACAUGUGCUGUGUGCUAUCUACAUGUUCUACGCUCUUGCUAUUGUCUGUGAUGACUACUUUGUUCCUUCCCUGGAGAAGAUAUCAGAGAACCUGCAGCUCAGUGAGGAUGUGGCAGGGGCAACCUUCAUGGCUGCAGGAAGCUCAGCCCCAGAGCUCUUCACCUCUCUCAUUGGUGUGUUUAUCACUAAAGGAGACGUGGGGGUCGGCACUAUCGUGGGCUCAGCGGUCUUCAACAUCCUGGUCAUCAUUGGUGUGUGUGGCAUCUUUGCGGGCCAGACGGUGGUUCUAACGUGGUGGUCUCUGUUCAGGGACUCCACCUACUACAUCUUCUCUGUGCUGGCUCUCAUCCUGGUUAUCUUUGAUGCAAAAGUUGUCUGGUGGGAGGCCGUGCUUCUAAUGACUAUGUAUGGAGUUUACAUUGUUAUCAUGAAGUUCAACUCCCAGCUCUUGGGGUGUGUGACUCGUUGUUUUGGUAGUCCGGGUCAGUGUUGCCUGGGUAGUGAGGGACACCGAGAUGAGGAGAUGGCAGAGGACGGACCCACCUGCAACACCAACAUGGUGCUGCUCAGGAAAGGCCAACCCCAGGGUCAGGAGUUUCCUCCGGUGAUGAUGGUGGACGAACUCCUCAUCCUCAACCCCCACCAGUUGUCCUUUUCCGAGGCUGGCCUGCGCAUCAUGAUUACCCCCCACUUCUCCCCUCGCACCAGGCUCAGAAUGGCGGGCCGCAUGCUCAUCAGUGAGAGACAGAGGUUGAUCAGGAGUCCCAACAGCCAGUUGGAUGGAGAGACCAGCGCAGGGGCAGGGGGCACCCCUCUGAAGGGUUCUGGAGGUCUGGAGAAUGGGGGCAGUGUGGAGAGACAGACCCCCGAGGGGGAAGGGCUAGGGGACGCAGGGGAGAAGCCAGGGGCGGAGGGUUGUCAGGCUGAGGAAGAGGAGGAUGAUGAAGGGCCGUUCAGGCCUCUGCACUGGCCAGAUGGUUGCUGUGCGCGGGUCAAGUGGCUGAUCUCGUGGCCCCUGGGCCUGCUGCUGUACUGCACUGUGCCUAACUGUGUGUUCCCCCGCUGGCACCGCUGGUUCAUGGUCACCUUCGUGGCCUCCACCCUGUGGAUAGCCAUCUUCUCCUACCUCAUGGUGUGGAUGGUCACCAUCGUCAGCUACACACUAGACAUCCCAGACUACAUCAUGGGUAUCACCUUCCUGGCAGCGGGCACCAGCGUGCCAGACUGCAUGGCCAGCCUCAUUGUAGCUCGGCAAGGUAUGGGGGACAUGGCUGUGUCUAACUCCAUUGGCAGUAAUAUCUUUGACAUCCUGUUGGGGCUGGGUUUCCCCUGGGCUCUGCGCACUCUGGUGGUGGACAACGGAUCGUCGGUCUACAUUAACAACAAGGGCCUGGUGUAUUCUGUUGUCCUGCUGCUGGCCUCUGUCUUCCUCACAGUGAUGAGUGUUCAUCUGAACCACUGGAAGCUGGACCGCCGGCUGGGCCUGGGGCUGAUAUUCCUCUAUGCCAUCUUCCUGCUCUGCUCCAUCUUCUUUGGGCAGAUGUGAGGCUGACACUGGGGGUCAAAGGUCAACCCUGAUUCGCUUUCCUGUAAGCUGCCACGUCCAGGAGUCCUCUGUCUCCCAGAGGUCCUCGCCCCUAAAACGAAACAACAGUCUCGGCUACAUUGUGCUAAAAGUUAACGUGAUGUAGCACAGACAGAAUAUGCUCGGAUGACGUUGCACGUGCACACACACACACCCACACACACAUAAUACCCAAACACUCACUGUAGUGCAGUGUUUUAAUACACAGCAACACAUAAUGUUCAGCUGUCACCAUGGAGAAAUAAUACAAUAGACUAGUACUCUUGUUUCUUAAGUUUGGAACAGCCGUGUUUGUUUUGAAUGUACGCCCUAGCUGAUGUUACCUUGUUGUGUGGGGAUUCAGUAUGUACAUUUGUGCUAAUGUGUAGCAGUGCUGGGGUACAGUGGCGCAUAGAACUGUUUGUCAGGAACUAGGGACAUAGCAAUAGGACAAAUGGGCAGCGUAGACUUAUGAUGGAGAAAAUGUUAAUAAGAGAUGCAGAUUAUUGUGACUAUAACUGACUGAGUUCCUCCAAAAAGAGGAUUUAUGAAUGAUUUUUUUGUUUUUUUUGCCUCACUGCUUUUAAACAAGUAUUGUUACAAACUAAGUAAAUAAUAGGCUACCGUGAAAUCUAUGAUUUGUAGCGUUUUUAGAAGUGUUAUUACGAUUGGCGACAUGUUUCUAUGAGUGUCAUAACCUGAUUAAAUGCGUACGGGUCUGUUGUAAUAGUUCACUAUGCUAAAGUAUGAUCAAUGUUUGUAAAAAAAAUCUUUCUGUACAUUUUUGUUUUUCAGUAUUACUGUAUAACAAUUAUUAAGUCAACAAGACCAUACUUUUUACUGUUUCUAAAUGUUUACUAAAUAUUUUACAUAGUUUUUCAAAAAAUGAAUGUCAGACAGAGACUAGAUUUGUGAUGUUUUUGAUAUUUGUAAGAACUAGAUAAUAUUCUUCCUAUGAUAUUUGUGAGAAUACCAUAUGUUGUAACUGAAAGACGACGUGUAUAUUUUUUGUCACUUUGGUAAAGUGAUGGUAAAGAAGACUAACGCGUCAGAUCAGCACACUCCACCUAGAUCUAAUGAAAGGAGAAUAGGGUUAUAUUGAAUGUCCCGUUCUAUUCCACUAUUAGGUUAUUUAACCCAGAUUAGAUCCUUUUUCAGCACCUGACCCCCUUGAUUUAGUAUCGUUAUUUAUUAUUUCUGAGAUUUUGCAUAUUUCGUUUAUCAAGUGCUUGUGAUGACAAUAAGCAUUGGUUUGCUCCUCAAAAUAGUAUAUUCUCAAAACCUGUUAUUUAUUUUGAAAAUGGUUUCUUUCAUUACCACAAUGGUAACUUCUAUUAAAUAUAAUUUAGAUUUUUAGAUCGGAUCAAAUGACUCAAACAUUUUUGCCAAAUGAAAGGACUGCAGAAAAUACUCUAUGUGUCAUAGAACUAUUAGUUCUGUUGUUUGCUCUCAGCCACUCAUAAGCAUUUUUAACAUUUUAAAAGAGGCUCACACAGAACCAGUCAAGUUUGGACACACCUACUCAUCUUUAUUUUUGCUAUUGUCUACAUUGUAGAAUAGCAGCGAAGACAUCGAAACUAUGAAAUAACACAUAUGGAAUCGUGUAGUAACCAAAAAAGUGGGAAACAAAUCAAAAUAUAUUUAUAUUUGAGAUUCUUCAAAGUCGCCACCCUUUGCCUUGAUGACAGCUUUGCACACUCUUGGCACUCUUGGCAGCCAGGUUCAUGAGGUAAUCACUUGGAAUGCAUUUCAAUUAACAGAUGUGCCUUGUUUAUUUGUGGAAUUUAUUUCCUUCGUAAUGCGUUUGAGCCAAUCAGUUUUGAUGUGACAAGGUAGGGGUGGUAUACAGAAGAUAACCUUAUUUGGUAAAAGGCCAAGUCCAUAUUAUGGCAAGAACAGCUCAAAUAAGCAAGGAAAAAUUACAGUCCAUCAUUACUUUUAAGACAUGAAGGUCAGUCAAUUCUGAAAAUGUUAAGACAUCUCAACAUCAACUUUUCAGAGGCGACUGCGUGAAUCAGGCCUUCAUGGUCAAAUUGCUGCAGAGAAACCUCUACUAAAGGACACCAAUAAGAAGAAGAGACUUGCUUGGGCCAAGAAACACAAGCAAUGAACAUUAGACUGGUGAAAAUCUGUCCUAUGGUCUGAUGAGUCCAAAUUUGAGUUUUUUGGUUCCACCUGCCGUGUCUUGUGAGACUCAGUAGGUGAGUGGAUGAUCUCUGCACAUGUAGUUCCCACCGUGAAGCAUGGAUGAGGAGGUGUGAUGGUGUGAGGGUGCUUUGCUAGUGACACUGUCUGUCUUAUUUAGAAUUCAAGGCACACUUAGCCAGCAUGGCUACCACAGCAUUCUGCAGCGAUACGCCAUCCCAUCUGGUUUGGGCUUAGAGGGACUAUAAUUUGUUUUUCAACAGGACAAUGACCCAACACACCUCCAGGCUGUGUAAGGGCUAUUUUACCAAGAAGGAGAGUGAUGGGGUGCUGCAUCAGAUGACCUGGCCUCCACAAUCACCCGACCUCAACCAAAUUGAGAUGGUUAGGGAUGAGUUGGACCACAGAGUGAAGGAAAAGCAGCCAACAAGUGCUCAGCAUAUGUGGAAACUCCUUCAAGACUUUUGUAUUCCAGGUGAAGUUGGUUGAGAGAAUGUGUGUAAAGCUGUCAUCAAAGCCAAGAUUGGCUACUUUAAAGAAUCUAAAAUAUAUUUGGAUUUGUUUAACACUUUUUUUGGUCACUACAUGACCAAUAAGUGUUAUUUCAUAGUUUUGAUGUCUUCACUAUAAUUAUACAAUGUAGAAAAUAGUCAAACUAAAGAAAAACCCUUGAAUGAGUAGGUGUGUCCAAACUAUUGACUGGUAAUGUAUGUUGAAGAGGAGUGGGCAGACUGUUGAGUGUUGUACACACUGGUUGCUGGAGCUGCUAAUUAUCCCAGGUGUAGUUACCUGUCGUAUUUUCAGUGUAGGCCUUUAAUAAGUACCUACUUCGAUAGGAAGACCACCAAGGAGUCCCCACUACCAACCAACCUCUUAUAAAUCCUGACUCUGUUAACAGAGCAGGCCAGAGCACCAAAUAGAAGCCUGAUUUAGUUCUGUCAUGAAGCAGCUGUGUUUGAAGUGUGUUCUUCCUCAAUGUUUUGUUCUGUUAGGUUGGAGCCACCAGCUAUUCUAGCACUGAGAUUAGUUUCUUUACAGAUGACCUCUGAUCAUUGAGAACUUUUGUAUGUUGUUGAAUGCAAUAAAUACAAUUUGUGCAAUAACAA